AUGGGGUCUUACAUGCCUGCUUUUAGUAUGAUUGAACGCAUUCCUGAUCAAAAUAGGCAUAUGAAUAGGCUCGUGGGUGUUAGUGAUGUCGAUUGUCUCGAGAACUUACGUAUGGACCGCAACACUUUCGGUCGACUAUGCACUUUGUUACGUGAGUCAGGGGGGUUGUCGGAUGGAAGGCACAUUAGGGUAGAAGAGCAAGUGGCAAUGUUUUUGUCCGUUCUAGCGCACCACAAAAAAAAUAGGGUUGUUAGGUUCGAUUUCUGGCGGUCUGGUCAAACUGUGUCAAGAUUCGUGCAUCUCGUACUCAAGGCAGUCCUGAAAUUGCACGUUGACUUAUUCGUGAAACCAGUACCUGUUCCAGAUGAUUGUACUGACAGCCGGUGGCGAUGGUUCAAGGGCUGUUUGGGUGCCCUUGAUGGCACGUAUAUAAACGUGAUGAUAAAUAAUGCCGACAAGCCUAGGUAUCGGACAAGAAAAGGGCAGAUUUCGACUAACACACUCGCUGUCUGUGAUCGCAAUGGGAAAUUCGUCUAUGUGUUGCCUGGCUGGGAGGGUUCGACCGCGGAUUCAAGAAUAUUGCGUGAUUCCCUCAUACGGGUUAACGGGCUGAGAGUGCCUAAAGGCAAGUACUAUCUAUGUGAUAACGGGUAUGCCAACAGCGAGGGGUUUCUUACUCCGUACAAGGGCAUAUGA